AUUCGAUAUAGCCUCUAACAACGGGCAUGUAUGGUGAGAAACAAGAAAGACGUGCACAGUCUUGGGGUAAUCUUUCCGAGCCCUACGAGUUUUCCGUAUGAAGCCGCGGCAGCGCACUGUUUGUAACAAUUGCAGGAUUCGGAAGCUGGGGUGUGACGGAAAGAGUCCUGCUUGCAGUCAAUGUGUCCUUACGAGGCAGCAAUGCGAAGGCUACCCAAAUAAUUGGACGUUUGUCUCACAGAACCGGAUCGCCUCGAACAAGAAAAAGAUUAGAAAAAGAGACAUCCAGCACGACGACUCAAAGCCUAGUCAUCCGACCUCCGCAUCGAACAGCCAGCCGGUCCAUCCAAGUGAUACAUUAAGAAGGACCUCGACACCACGACCGCAGUCCUUCAAUCCGACCUUGGUACAGCUGAACUGGCCGAUCACGAACCAAUAUAUAGACUUCAUCGUACAGGCUUACAUCCCAGGCGAUGAAGUAUCUCGCGAAUCUUCCGGGACUCAAUCGCAUGUAUGCGGGUCUUGGGUUGAGGCUCUUCCUCAUCUUAGCCGCGCCAAUGAUCCGAAUGGUAUCCUAUCCGCUGCAAUCAAGGCCUUGUUUGCUUCUAUAGCGCAACGGGGGUCCUGGCGAUUAAAUGCGAGGCCAGAUGCUACAGAAUCCUACUACACCGCUAUCCAGUCGCUACAGAGAGGCUUCAGCAUCCCCGGAUACCGUUUCGGAGCACAAUUCGUAGCUUCCAUAAUGUGUCUAUGCCUUACCGAACUCAUACUGCCCAAGUCUCCCUCGGGGCCAGUGCUGCAUGCUAAUGCUAUCAGCGGGCUAUUCGAAGCUCACGGCCCUCAAGCCUUCCGAUAUGGGAUUCUACACAAGCUAUUCGUUGGCUUUCUUCCCCUUGUGGUAGUCGAAGCCUUUCGGAAGCGCCAGCCAACAUUUCUUGCUUUGCAGGAAUGGCAGAGUGAACCAUUUAGCAUCAACCCCCCUUCGAUUAUGCAAAGACUGCUUUGUGGAGUCGCGACCAUUCCUUCUAUACUAUAUAAGAUUGACCAAGAAUAUGAUGCAAGAAUUCGGCCUACGACAUCCACGUCUAGCCCAAACUUAUGUUUACUCACUGAUGCGCUCACAAGUCUUGAGCUUUUCGAAUCCUUACUUAUCGACACCCAGGGCAGGCCCAACUAUGAGCUACCUCACGAAGGAUGGGAGCUAUCCAAUCCUGCCCUCUGGUUCCCGAACAUAAGUAUAGCAAAUAUGUUCACACACCUCUGGGCCUUCAAGAUCGUUUGUCUUGCUGAGAUUUACAAAUUGGAUGCAAAUUGCUCUCAUUUCCCAGCAAAUGAGACUCCACUGGCCAACGUCAAUUCAGGCAUUAUUGGCCAACAUAUGAUAACCCUAUCACAGUGGAUAUGUCGCAGCAUGGAGUAUAUGCUGCAGGAGAAGAUGGCGCUUUUUGGCCCAGCGUCUACAUUCUUUCCGCUUCAAAUCGCCUAUAGAACGUUGAGAAAGGACGCGUCGAAACAGCCGGAUGUUACUUAUUGUGAGCAGAUUGUAGCACGUCUGGUUGAGAAGGGUUUCCAGGUCGCGCCUUAUUUUGUGUACAGUGAUUAGUGCUUGGUCGGUAUAGGUCGUGAGAAAUAAUGAAGCUCGAUAAAUC